CAGUUCGCACUUACUACUCCAUCGUCCUUUUUUGUACCAGAUUUGACACGAAAUCCCCCUGUGUCACUGUCGUCGCUUUCUUGGCAUUUCCAAGACCUUUGUAGCUUACGUUUUUUCUGUGCCAUAUCCGCACUCCAAAGUAUCGUUACCAAAACUGCUCAAUCCAACCCUAGACCAUUAGCGAUCGCCUAAAAGUACCAGAAUACUAAGUCCACCCCCCAUGUGUCUCAGACACACCCGGAAGCGAUAGAGUGCAACUUCCUGGAAUGUACCAUUUCCAGUCUGUGGGCAGGGUGGGUUUGUGGCUUUCACAAUUUUGUUUUCAGCUCUCUGCUGCCACAUAGAUAUUGUAGAGGAGCUUAAACAUAGAAAUGUGAUACACGAGCAACCGCUCUCCCUGCUCUGAGGUUUGGGUGAGUCCGAGCUGUAAUUGUAAUGUAUAUUAUUACCAUGGGAGCGGUUUAGCGUGUCAUACAGGUGUCUCCGCUUGCUUCUAGUCCUAUAUACACACACACAGCUCUUCUGCUCAAGGAGAUAUCUGAAUAAUUAUCAGCACAUGCUUGAUAAUCCGUGUACUGCCAACAUGUCUCUGGACCUCUCUAUAACUGGGCAUCGCACUGCACUUCCACAGCGCAAGAGCAGAAGCACUUACCGUUUCAAAGCCACAAACUCCUAUGUUGACGAGACUCUGUUUGGUAGCUCUGGGCUAAGACUGGAUCAAACUCAACAGUGGACUUCUGCCCCACCUUGUCAGACACCCCAUCUGUGGAGCCCAAGAGAAAUAAAAGAGAACAAAAACACCUUGAGCUGUAGACCUAAAAGCACUCCACCUGGGACUCCCAGGAAAAAGAUUCAAUACAGGGUGAAGAGCCGCACUCCUUCAUAUUGUGAUGAAUCUUUGUUUGGUGGAAACGUGGAGGAAUGCACGUGGGAUGCGCCGUGGGUGAAAAAAGAAGAUACGGUCAAAAUUCAUCCUCUUCUCUGGAGCCCUUCACCACGACUAGUCCAACAAAGUUCCACACAGAACACUAAACAAGGUCCUUUGCGAGCUGUGCAUCUGCCUGAAACCUUGGACAGUCCCUUAGGAACUCACAGGGGGCUGGGAAACUUCUGGAAACUACCUGAAAGUGAUUCAGAGUCUGGUGGAUAUUCCCCAUUGCCAUUCAGUGCAAGACAAAGACAAAAUGCCCUUGGCAGAGAGACUGUUCGAUCAGCAAGCUGUUCUGGCAGGGUGAAAGCCAGGAGAAGCUCUGUUCAAAUGCAAGAAAGAGCUCCAUGGAAAUAACACUAGCACAGUUAUAGAAAUUUCCUCGAAACGUUUAAGUGCCAUCUUUUUAAGGGAACAGUAUAAACAUGCCUUGUAAGCAAGACAUGAGGAUUUUAAGCAGUUUCAGAAAAUAAUAUAUUAAAGGUUUAUUUGCACGCAGAGCAUAAACGUAAUCAACGUUAAUACUCUGCUAAUGUUUUAGUGUUUUUUCCUGAUAGUGAACCUAGUACGUUCCCUGUGAGAAACAAUACCUAUUUUUAUGUAUAGAAACACAACUAGGAAAACAGCUCUUUUUUGGUGUAUGUUGUAUUUUUAGUGGCAAAGUUAAAAUGGCUUAUAUACACACUUGCAAAUGUUUUGAGAAAGUAUAGCUCAUUUACUAACAUAGCUCGUAAAUUGCACCAGAGUAGUUACUUGAAGCAACUGAUCGGCAAUUUGUUAGUUAGAAGGCAAAAGCUGAGAUUUUGUUUUGUCGAGAGCAUUUGAAAAGGAGUGACUGGUCAUACUUCACUAGUGAACAGUUACAUUCUGCUUUUGUUUUAUGGUAGUGCUUAUAAUCAAGAGACACAAGUUCUACUAGGUCAGUUUAUGGUUCUGUGACUUACUUUCUUACAGUGACUUUAUGCUUUGUGAUGUAUUUAGUAGAAACCAAAAACUCUGGUUGUGUGAGUAGCCAGAUAGCUGAAAUCACCUGUUGGCUUAUUGCUUUAGCUUUCAAAAUCAAUUGCAGGGUACAUAUUCAUUCAGCAUUAACUUUUCUUGAGUAUUGAUUACAAUGCAGAUGCAAUGGUAACUACCACAAGUGGUUGAAAUAUGCUGUGGCACCAGCAAUUAAUUAUGUCACUACAUCAUUGUGUUGUGCAUGGUAGUGGUGCCAUUUCAUUAUGACAAGUAAAUUGCCAAUGUAAAGUGCCACAAGUAGUCUCUAGCCCAGGGCUGCCCAAAAGAUAGAUCGGGAUCUACCAGUAGAACUUUGGCUGGUGAUCAGUAGAUCUAAAGACACUGUCAACAAACGGCUUGUCUAAAUCACUGUCCAAUUUCAUGCUUUUCAUUCAGAUAUUUA